AGUAAUGAUCGAUGUUAACGGUAGUCUCAAAAUUCCUGUAUUUGUACCUAUUUCAUGGCUCAUACACGACAUCGAGAGCGUCAAACUUAUUGGCCAGAAGUCUGAUUUCAAGGGCUAUGACAAUAAAGAAGAUAUGAUGACUUCCGAUAUGACUCCCGACCAAAAUGGUAACUUUGGAUCCACUCCAUCAUCAUCUUCAUCGCCACCACUAUCACCACCGUUACCGAUAGCCGCCAAACUAGUGGCUAAAAAGCAUCGGCCGUCCGCACAAAUGCAUAAAAAUCGUAAUGAAUAUCAUGACAUGGAUUUACAUCAUAAAGAGAUCGCAAAUCGUGUAUCCGAUGAUACAGUGGUCACUAAAACGCCAGCAAUGGUACCAAAGACAAUAACAACAACAACUACUACAACAGUUAAACCACCGAAAAUAAUAUCAAAUAUCAAUUUAGAAACCAAUAAACGAUUAAAUGAGAAAAUGUAUGAAACAUCAGAUAUGAAAAUUGCUAUGGAAUCAAAUCGAUUUAAAUCGAUGGCUAAGAAACAGUUGGCGGAAGAGAUAAUGUAUGCACCGGAAGGUUGGCGUCAGGGAGACGAUCCACUAUACACUACAAUCGAGAUUUACGAGUUGCCCGGUGCUAACAAAUACAUGGGUUUAGCCAGCAAUCGUACGGCUGUUCAUAAAUCACCCGACACUAAAUUGACACCUUUUGCUAAAUCAUUGCCCACCAAAAUGUYGGCGAUAACGACAACGACGACGACAACAACUGUGAGGACACCGACAGUAAAGAUAAUGACUACAAAUGGCAUUAAAGUGUCGGAACAGUCAAAGAAUAACAACUAUUUCCGAAAUUAUAUCAAUAAUAAUGGACACAAAAAUUCAAUCUUUUAA